AUGCAAGGAGCUUUGAGAAGAAUUUUGUUCGGUCUUCCAGAUGAUGAAGAUGAUACUGAGCAGAAUGUUCUAGCGGUGGCUACGCUUUUGGAGUCACAGAGGAGGCAAGGACUACAUCAACCCAUCCCAAAUGAAGUAAAGGAACGUCAAAAGGUGCACAGAAACCGUGUAUAUGCCGAUGCAAGGAUGAUGCAUCAAUACUUCAACUUCAGGUAUACAUAUGGGCCGAAAAAGUUCAAAGGUCGGUUUGCUUUUCCUCGUCCCCUUUUUCUGAGAAUUUUAGAGCAAGUUUGUGAUUUUGACCAUGAUUUUAGUCAAAAAACCGAUGCUUGUGGUAUUCCUGGUCAUUAUCCAUAUAUGAAAAUGGAUGCCGUGAUGAAAUAUUUUGCCAAAGGAAUUGCACCAAAUUCUCUGGAUGAUUACACACAAAUGGCAGCAUGCACUAUCUACUUUUAUGCUAAGAAGUUUAUGGAUGCAAUUAUUUGGAUCUAUAAUGGUCGAUACAUGCGUCAGCCUACCACUCAAGAUAUUGAAAGGAUUUUAGCAAAAAAUGAAGCUCGGGGAUUUCCUGGUAUGCUUGGUAGUGUCGAUUGUUUUCACUGGGCAUGGAGAGCAUGUCCAAUGGAUCAAGCAGGAUCUCACUGCGGUUAUAAGUCAUAUCCCUCGGUUGUUUUACAGGCGGUAGAUACAUAUGAUAGAUGGAUCUGGCAUUCCUAUUUUGGGUUGGGUGCGCAUAACAAUGAUCUUAAUGUCUUGCAUGCUUCGGGUUUGUUUGAUAAAGAACUUAAUGGUGUAGCACCUCCUUGUCAUUAUCAAAUCAAUGGAAAAAACUACAAUACGGGAUACUACCUAGGAGAUGGAGCAUAUCCUAUGUAUGGUUGUCUUGUGCAAGCAUACAAACCCGCCUCAAACAAUGUGGAAAGUCUUUUCAAUCAGUAUCAAGAAGCAACAAGGAAAGACAUUGAACAUGCAUUUGGUGGUCUAAAAGGUAAGUUUGGUAUUAUAUUGAAACCAUGUCAUUAUUAUAAAAAAUCGGACAUGAAGGCAAUUAUGAGGGGGUGCUUGAUAAUGCACAAUAUGUGUGUUGAGAUGGAAUAUCGCAAUGAGGAUUGGGGCAUGAUCACGGGACAAGAACCUCAACCGCCAAUUGAAGGAAAUAUAAGGCUACCUCCUCAAGUAUUGUACAACCCGGAGCGUUGGGUGGAACUUCGCGAAGAACUCACUACACACAUUUGGCUACGACAUGGAGAAGGUUUGAGAGAUGGAGAUAUUCCAAACAUAGCGAUGGAUGAUGCCUUACCAUAA